UUCCUGCAGCAAAUUGCAAUGUUAUAGAGUUUACCCCAGAGAAGUCUGGCCAUAUGAUGAUGAUGACUGCCAGUCCAUCUCCAGGUUCCCUGUCUUUCUGGGGUUGCAGACGCACACAGGACCCAGGGAAAGAAUUGCAUAUGCCAGCACAGUACAACUACCCCAAAAGAGGAAAUUUUCAGUCAGGAGAUAAAUGAACAGACUAAUUGCACUAAAAGCACUAAUUGCCAAUUGACUGCAGCACUGUGGGAGUCACUGACACUUCCUUCCCCAGAAAGAAAACCAAAACAACACCCAACUGUCACAUCAUGGUUGAAAGAAAACUCCACCUUGUAUACUGGUGCUAGUGGAUUGGUGUUUUUAAUUAAUAAAGAAGCAGACUACAAGACGUUCAGACUAGAAGCUCAAUACCCAUAAGGUUUUUUGGCAUGUGUGGUCUAAAGAGAGUGGAGGUGAGAGAGGAUGACGGAGAGAGAGAGCGUGUGUGUGUGUACUGUAUGUAUGUGAUCGUGAGUGAGGCUUGAGGAGAGACAGACCAGGAGGAGAGUGGACUGAGAGAGCAGCACACUGUUCACACUCCACUCAGAACACUAAUCUGUGUUUACACCAGGGAAUAACAACAAAGGAACACAUUAGAGAUAGCAAGUCUGACUAAUUCAGCAGGAUGUCAGCUUCUUACAACUGUUCUUUUGAUCUAAUGGCUGAAAAAGGCAAGUGGUUUUGUCCUCCAGGGGAAAAGUGUGCCAAUCUGACCUGUGGCGUGAAUGGCAGCUACAUCAAUCUGGAAGUUGCAUGUCUGACAGAGAAAGAAUACCUGGACAAAUAUCUGGGGCCUCGUCGAUCGUCUGUGUUCCUUCCCGUCUGCCUCAUCUACCUGGUCAUCUUCAUGGUAGGUGUGGUGGGGAAUGGGCUGACGUGCACUGUCAUUGCACGCAACAAAGUGAUGUGGACGCCAACAAACUACUACUUGUUCAGCCUGGCAGUGUCAGAUCUGUUGGUGCUGCUGCUGGGCAUGCCAUUAGAGCUGUAUGAGCUGUGGCAGAACUACCCCUUCCUCCUGGGUAGGGGCGGCUGCUACUUUAAAACGUUCCUAUUCGAGACUGUUUGCUUGGCGUCUAUCCUCAACGUGACGGCACUGAGCGUGGAGCGUUACAUUGCUGUGGUGCACCCGCUACGCGCAAAGUAUGUUGUAACACGCAACCAUGCCAAGCGGGUCAUCCUUACAGUGUGGAGUGUGUCGGUGUUGUGCGCUUUGCCUAACACAAGUCUACAUGGGAUCAACAUCCUUCACAGUUGCUCCUCUGGCCUUGCUGGGAACAUAAACAUGGAGAUCCCUGACUCAGCGACCUGUAUGGUGGUGAAACCGCAAUGGAUGUACAAAGUGACCAUCCAAGUGACCACAUUGCUAUUUUUCUUUCUGCCCAUGCUCACCAUCAGCGCUCUCUACAUGCUCAUCGGGUUGCAGCUGAAGCGGGAGAAGAUGCAUCAGGCACUGGAGGCAAAGUCAGACUUUGGACAGGACAGCUUCUGUAACGUCCGAACACAGCAGCAGAAGGCACGCCGCCGGCAGGUCACUAAAAUGUUGUUCGUUUUAGUGGUGGUUUUUGGGAUCUGCUGGGCCCCGUUCCAUACUGACCGCCUAAUGUGGAGUUUCAUCAGUGACUGGACUGACAACCACCUGGAAGUCUUCCAGUACGUGCACAUCAUCUCCGGAGUGUUUUUCUACCUCAGCUCAGCAGUCAACCCAAUCCUGUACAACCUCAUGUCCACGCGUUUUAGAGAAAUGUUCAAGGAGGUCAUGUGCCAUGGGCCACAUCACAUCACUCCCAGAAAACACUCGCUCAGUGUCACCCGGGUGACGCUCCGCAGCACUCUGAGUGAUGCGCCGCUCAGCAACGGAACCGCUGUUGUUGAAGCCGAGGCAGAAGAUGGAGAAAUGAGGAAAGAUGAGACCAGUUUUUAAUGUUAAAAAAGGGGGACAUAUUCUUGGAUUUUGUUGGUAGGAUGUCAUGGUGUUUAAAAAAAACUGUCCCGUUCUGAGCCACUGCAUCCAUCAACUGUCUUUAACCUCCACCUUGAACAGGUGAAUUAGCUAAAUACCUAAAAUAGUCUGACUGGAAGAAAUCCAGAAAAAAAGGCACUCUCUUCUGCUGAAGCUGUCAGACUGCAGUGUAAGUGUUACUAUGCUGCCUUGGCAAACUUUAUACAUAACUCAGCAAAUCACAUACUGAAGUUGAACUCCAAACUUUUUCAAACACACCUGGGCAGGCUCCGAUACACGCUCAAGCCCUAGGAAUGCAGGAAUGUACACUAGACUGUCACCUUAAGUUUGCCACAGUAAAUAACAUCCAAUUUUCAAUGUAGGAAAGCCAUUUAAAUGAAAACAUGUUUCUUGUAAGCACUUCAUUCAGUUUUGGAAAAUAUGUUUAAAUGAUGACAAUACAGUUUGCAAAUCCUGGCAUUUCUAAGUUGAGAUGAACCAGGUGGACCAAUAAAUACAAAAGUUGAUCUAAGUCAGAAAGAGAUCGAAAACUUUUAUAUACUUGGUCAUGUAAAGUAAGAAUAUGUAAAACACAAUGGUGUAAGGUAACAAUAAACUGAAGUUUCUGGGUUAACUAGAGUAUAAAAAAACAGACAAAAGUCUGAGGAUUAUAAAUGUUAUCACUUGCAUUGUUCUGUAAGGAUAUAUAAUGUAUAUAAAAUUGCCAUGUUCAGAUAACAAAAAUGCUUGUCAGUCCUGUGUACUGCCUACAGUAGUGUUUGUGUGUUAAAGUAAUUACUGCUAAAUGUCUUAAUGCUUUUUAUUGUUUAAAGUGUACUUUGUUGUUGUUGUCUGACGCUAUGGAAAACAAUAUGAGUUGAAAUGAAUUUCGAAUGCAAUUCAUUUUCAAAUUCUUUUAAAAGACAUGAUGGACUAUGCUUUCAGGCUUACCAGUAGUACUGUUUUGGCAAACCUAUCUGACAGCUAUCUAUGCUAAAAUAAACUAAAAACUAUUUGCCAAAAAGUCUGUCCUGCCGUAUAAUGACUUUGUUUAGAUCUAGCAUUACCUAUGCUAUAACAAGACUAGUCUAAAUCCCACUAGCAUCCCCUAGAGGCUGCACUGUCCAUCAGACACCACAAUAGAAUAAUAAGAUGUGUGAAAAAUAAAAACAGUAAUAAACAAAAUGACCACCCUAAUGAUGAUUUUGUUAUUCUUAGAGCCUUACAUGUAGCAGUGGUACUAAUGACUUUUUGGUGGCACCAGAGGGAAGUUCAUGGAGUACAAGAGUUUAUCCUAUUGGGACUGUGCUGGGUAUAUUUCAAGCAAACUUGUCCCCCUUGGGGGUUUACAAUUGGGGAUUUUGGCCUGAUAGUGAUGCUAA